AAAUUCUACGCGAUAGCUUCCCAUUUCUCAUCACUGUCUCUCACUCUCACUCCCAAAUCACAUCCUCAAAUUCAGAUUCAGAGUCGUCGAAAUCAGUAGUAUUCAUCAGGAAUGGAGCGGCUGAGCUCAUCGGUGCAGUCGUGGGUGGAGGAACACAAGCUCGCCAGCAUCGGAGGGCUGUGGGCGACGGCGGUGGGCGCAUCGGUGGCGUACGGGCGGAGGAAGACGCCGCAGAUGCGGCUGAUCCACGCCAGGCUUCACGCGCAGGCCCUCACCCUCGCCGUCCUCGGCGGCGCCGCCCUCGCGCACCACUACUACAACCCAUCAUCCAAGACCAACAACAGCAGCAGCUUGGACUACGACUUCUACUCGCAGCUGCCGCCGGCCACCACCGACGACGGGCAGGAGAACGAGAGGUGGAGCUGGUAGUGCUACCCUUCCUUCCUGCUGCAAGAUGCAGACAAAUGAAGAUGAUGACGAUCACGAUGAUCAAUUAGUAAUAAUCUAAUCGGCUCCAUUAGUUAAUUUUAUCUUUAUCUUAAUAAUAGAGUAUGUCCUCCUAAUCUAUCCAGCUAGGAUGGUCUUAUCCACUCCAUCCCAUCCUCUGCUCUGUACUAUGCAUGUAAUUAUCCAUUCCAUCCGGACCCUGCUGUUCCGAUGCCUUGAUUACAAUUGAUGUCAGUGCAGUGGUAUGCUUAUUUGUUCCUCCAUA